AUGAAGCCAAUAAGCAUCUUCUCUGGGAAUGUGUCUACCGUGCUGUUCUAUGUGCGGUCUAAAAUAAUGAUGAGUUGCAGCUACCACAGCAUGCGCAGAUGUGUGUAUAACGGCUCUUUUGGCGAAGCUGUGCUUUUUCAUUUUCACGAUCUCCUCGUCGCUGUGACAAGAAUGCUUCCGUUUGAGAAAAUAUUGAGAAUGUGUGUCAUUUCCUACGGUGAUGACGUUCUCGUCAGAUGGGUCUGCAGACACCUUGAGGCAAUUCUGUGCUCUUCUUCUCUCUCUUCGGUCUUCGACAUUUUGCAGAGCUGCAACUCUCCGGAUUUUGCAGAGUCUGUGGUGGUUUUUAUUGAAAAAAGAGUCAACACAUACAUAAAAAUAUACGGAGUCUUUGAAAUUUUAAAAGAAUAUUACAAAGAAAAAGACCCAGAAAUAUUCAACAGCGUGCGGGAAGAGUGCAUGCAUGCAAGACACGCAUACCUGCGGACAGGGGCAGAGCUGCAGAUGCGGAUUAUGCAGAUGUUUGAUAAGAAUCGGCCAAACUUUUGCAGACACCUAAGGAGUGUAGAGUACCUGAGCAUUAACGGGAUAUACUCAGAGAUGAAGAACGAGUAUCUUUUUGACUAUGCAAACAGAGUCAUGGAAAAGAUGGAAGAUAUUAACUACAAAAACAUGUCGCAGGAGAACAUGGAAACACUCAGGAUGUUCUGCUCUCUUCGCACACACUGGAAGGAUCUUCUAUCGUCUGAGGUGCUGGUUGAUGACACUCUUCCCUGCUCGUAUUUAUUUGAAAAUAUCGACAAGUUUGACAUUAGCAGCAGAGAAGACAUAAUGGUCGCAAACGAGAUAGUGCAGGCAUACGCGAACAAAAGAGACAACUUUAUAUCCUACAUCAUAGAAGAGUCUCCUGAGUACUCUCUGAUGUACCACCAGUCCAAUGAGGACGUGGGAAUACAAAUGCAGAAAUUGCCCGAUGAGAUUAUAAAAAGAAAAGUAAAUGCUUUGGCGAGGUACUGCAACAGGGAAGAGCCGUACGUGGUGGCUGUCUACAAGAGGAUUCCAGCAAAGUAUCUACUACUGUUCUACUCUGUCGCAAUUACCUGUUUAUUAUACCUAGCAGUGCCAGACACUGUUGUUAUAUACAUCUUCAACACUAUUUACAGAGUCCUCCAACUCUUCUCUGCAUCGCUCAGCAAGAUUGAAAACACAUCUUCUGCCAGUUAUAGUAGUGUUGAUCCGUAG